ACUCAAGUAUAUGUGUAAGCAUACGUGCAUAGCUCUAUAACACACAUAAGGAAUAUACACCAUCUAGAUAGUGAGGAGUGAAGUGGGAGACGAAAAGGCUUUCCACUAUUCUUCUACGUUCUUCAAGUGUUCAUCAACAAUAUGCUGGAGGUUAGCGAUCCUAUUAUUUCUGAUGCGUUGUUAUGAUUUUAGUCUAACAUUUGGUAUCAGAUCCUGUUUAAUCUAUGUCUAUUUGUUGUAUGAACAUCAUGAAUUUUAUAUGAGCAUUCGGUAUAUACAUGUUCAUAUAUGUGUUCAUCACAUCACACAUAUGUAUGUUUUGUUCGUAUAUUAUGAAUAUAUAUAUAUAUAUGUGUGUGUGUGUGUGUGUGUGUGUACGUUUAACAUGAUUUCCAUGUCAUAUGCAUGAAAAUUGAAUCAUAUGUGUGUUAGAACAAGACAUAUACAUAUCUAUGUAUGAUGUAAAUCAUGAUUACAUGUUUAUAUUAAUGCACCACUCAUGUAUAUGUAUAUUCAUAUUCGUUCAUAUGGGAUACAUGAAUACUUGUGUCAUAUAAUUUAUAUAUGUUUAUAUAUAUACAUAUGUUGUCCGAAAAUUAUUAUAUAUUCAGAAAUUAUAUAUGUUUAUAUGAGUUUAUGUAUUGGAAUUGUUACAUGUAUAUAUAUUUGAUCGUGAGAGAUAUAUACAUAUGAUUUUCUCAAAUUCAUAUGUUAACCUUUUAAAUUCCUAUCAUUAUGUUUGAUGGAAUGACUAUGGUUACAUUUAAUUCUUGAAUAUAUGUUCUAAGUGAAUUAUAUUUAUAUAUGUAUGUGAGCCAUAUGUAUAUACAUGUGUUUUGCAAAUUUUGUGAUUCUUCUAUCCGUUUAUAAUUUGGAGAAUAUUAAAACGGAUGGCUAGUUAAUAAUUUUGAUGUGUUUUACAUGAAUACAUAUGGUAUUUCUACAUAUACAUAUGAAAUUGUAUAUGUAAUAUUUUGUAUACCAUACAUGUUAUGUAUCUAUGUUUGCUACAUUUAUAUGUAUGGUGGAGAUGCUAUCGGAUAUGGUGGCUGCCGGUUGAUGUAGCACCAUAGGGUGCUGCGGCGGUACUGUCAUGAGGAGUUUGAUACAACAUCAUAAGGAACGUAGUGACUCCAUUAUGGUUUCCGAGCGUCUCAAUGAAGUUAUAGAAUAAGUUUUGGACUUAUUACUAUAAUUGGGAUCCACUUUGAAUAAAUUAAGUUGUGCUAUUUUAAUUUGGAUCGAUAAUUUUGUGUGUGUUAUGGAAUGGUUUAAUUCUUUUUCAAGCACAUUUAUUUUAAUUGUUACGUGAUGCAUUAAUUUUAAUCUGUAUGCAUUGCAUUUUAAUUGUGCAUUGAAAUCAUGCAUUAUAUUGAUAUGGCAUGUAAUGCAUAACGUUAGAAAUUAAUGCCUUUAAUGCGUAAUAUUAAUGUCUUUAAUGUGUAACGUAUUAUUAAUGCCUUUAAUGCGUAACGUUAUUAGUGCAUUGAAUGCAUAACGUUAGGAAUUAAUGCACAUAUUAUUCCCAUUAAAGUUGAACUUGUGCAUAAUUAUAAUUGAGAUAGUGCCUGCAAUUUAAGCACAUUAAAUAAAUAAAAUUCUCAUUCCACUACUUUUAAAGUUUUUCCCAUAAAUAAAAUAUUUGUGGUAGUACCCAAACAACAAUUAACGUGAGAAAUUUAGACCGAGGAAAAUUCUUGGGAAGUACAAACCAGUUACACUUCAAUUCUUUAUACUAGUUUCCCUCGAACUGUUAAUUUAUCAAAAGAAUUACUCUCUAAUAAAACCUAGCCCCGACCGACUAUCCUGGGAGCAUAUUAGAGGAUUGUCCAUCACGAUUGUUGUUUUAAAACUUUAAAGGAUUGCCUUUGUGAUAAUAUAAUUUUAUUAAUUUUGGAGUAGCCACAACAUCCUUAAUUAAUCAACAUUAUAUAUUAAGAAGCCUUUGGCGGAAAUCACAUUAAAGAUAAGCAUAAAAUUUGUAAUUAAUUGUACGUGAUAUGACAUAAAUUAUCCCACAAGAAAUUCUUGUUAUAUUUGUAUGAUUAAUUAGGAUAAAAUAUCGGAGUAUGGUCAUAAUUAAUUUAUCCCACAGGAAGUUAUGAUUCGGAAUAUAGUUUGAUAUGUUUAUCGAUAUGUGUACAAAAUUAUUUAAGACUCAUGCAUAAGUAUUUAGCCCACAUGCAAUUUUUUAUGGCGGUUGAGUCAACACUUUUGAUUAUCACCAACGCAGUACCUGUGGGCGUGCGUUGGGGAGUAUUGGUUUAGUUACCGCUGCGCACCAACGCCCGCCCCAACUGAAAACAUGAUAGACCCAGUUUCUAACAAUCAAACAAUCAUAACAGUGAAGAAGAAGCAGAUAGAAAGAUAUCGAGAUGAACAACACCUUUGGUAUACCGUGUGAACUGCCGCUGCUCUCCCUAGAAAGAGAGAGCAUCGUGAAACCUAAUCUCUCUAUCUCGCCUAUAUUCUCUCAAAACCUUAGGUUUUCCAUAAGUUAGCUUUCUUUUAUAGGGGAAAUUAGCUAACUUAUGGGUUACAAAGAAGCUAAUGGGCUGAUAUACAUUUGUGGCCCAUAUUGCACUUUUAAUUAAUAACUACACAAAUACAAAGAUAUUUAAAUAGAUUGGACACCAUAAAAUAUUCCCAACAGAUGAACCGCCCGUCAUUAAUGCACAAAGUACUCCGGCUGAAAUUGCGCUAUAUGAGCGAUGGAAUUCGUGGCUCGGUUGAUCAGUAUAAGAAUGUCAAUGACUUGCUUAAGGCUAUUGAUGAUCAAUUUGUCACUUCAAAAAAGGCCUUAGCAAAUACCUUAAUCAUGCAUGAAAUUCUCCUCACUCCGUCUCACAACCGUUAAGGGUGUGCGAGAGCACAUCAUGAAGAUGCGGGAUAUAGCGGGUCAAUUGCAAAAUUUGGAGGUAACUAUGUCGGAUGUGUUCUUGGUGCACUUCAUUUUGAAUACCCUUCCUCACCAAUAUGGGCCAUUUAAAAUCUCUUAUAACACGCAUAAUGAUAAGUGGUCAAUUAAUGAAUUAAUGACCAUGUGUGUGCAAGAAGAAGAAAGGCUCAUAAUGGAGUUGGGUGAAAGUGCCAUGCUAGCCAACCUUAUCCAAGAACAAAUUUGACAAGUCUCGUACAACCACCUCUUAAGCUAAGGGUAAAGGUAAAAUACCAUCCAAAGUUGACAUUAAGAAGGUACAUAAGUGGUAUUUCUGUAAAAAGAAAGGACACGUGAAGAAAGAUUGUGCCAAGUUCAAGAAGUAAUUGGAGAAUAAAGGGUAUGCAGAAUCUAAGGACGCCAAUGGGAAGUGAGCAAAGCAUCUUAUUCGGAAACAAGAUGGGCUCACAUGUGGAAGCAAUUGGAACAUGCACUUUAAUUUUAAGUAGUGGCUUUGUUUUAAAUUUGGAAAAGACUUUAUGUACCAAGUUUCUCACGAAAUUUGAUUUCAAUUUCAAG